AUGAAGGCUGUGCCAAUGGGAUGCUGCGAAUUCAUGACACCAAUCAGGGACGCUGUGCUUGCCUCGGGCAAUGACAUGGCUGUAUUUAUGGCAUGGUCCAAGGACAUGGCCACAAUCGACAGCAAGAAUCGAGAAAUCGAGAGCCAGAAGAAGCAGCUCAGCCUGGAUGCCUAUAAGACUGCACUUGAGUGCAUCAAGGGUGUCGAGGACAAGACCACCGCUUUUGGAAUCCUGGACAGAGCUGAAGCCUUCAUAUACGGCACAAAGCGAACCAAGCUCAGCGACCCCGAGGACACCCAGCCAGGUCCUUCCGCUCGCCCCACCACUCCCACUCCUCAAGGCAUGGCCGCUGGGGUCGAGGAGCUUCCAGAUGAACGCUGGUCAUUCCAGAAGCUCGAUAUCACCGGGUUCAAGCAUGCUAUCGCGAAUCCCGUCGACAGAGACCCCACCAACUUCAAGACUGUAUUCAACUUGAUUGACGAAGACCCCACUCUUCGUGAGUUUUUCGGAUCGGAUCGCUCCAACGAUAGCAGCGCCAUGAUAAUUGAUGGAAUCGUCAGUGUUUGGUUUGAAGGGUUGGAAAACACCUUUGCCGGCGAUGGCUUGACUGUUAUGGGAUGGAGGAAAAACGUCUUUUUCACUGAGUCCCUUGGAUUGGCUUCAUACUAUAUCACCCUCCACCCUUUCAUCCGUGUCAUCAUUAACUUGUACUUAUUCAACAAUGGUAACAUUGGCAAUUGGUAUGGCCUUAAGACUUGCUACCAUGAUAGGCUGAUCUUUGAAUAA